GGUGAGGCAGCGGGCAGGAGAGGCAGCGGGCAGGAGAGGCAGCGGGCAGGAGAGGCAGCGGGCAGGGAAGAGCACAUUUUGUGUGGCUCUCUUUUAGCCACUUACCUGCUUUGAGUUGCUACAGUGACCAGCAGUGAAGGGAAAAUAUUAGAUCAUGUCGGAGUUCUGGCUAAUUUCUGCCCCAGGAGACAAAACAAAUCUGCAGGCGUGGGAGAGAAUGAACACUGUGACAUCUAAAUCCAACCUGUCCAGCAACAGUAAAUUCCAUAUUCCAGACUUAAAGGUGGGGACACUGGAUGCUCUUGUUGGUCUGUCAGAUGAGUUGGGAAAACUCGAUAGCUUUGCUGAAAGCGUAAUAAAGAAAAUAGCCCAGUACAUCGGAGAAGUAAUGGAGGACUCAAAAGAUAAAGUCCAGGAAAAUCUUCUGGCCAAUGGAGUUGACCUAAUUAGCUACUUGACACGGUUUGAGUGGGACAUGGCCAAAUACCCCAUAAAGCAGCCGCUGAAGAAUAUAUCAGAAGCAUUAGCAAAGCAAGUGACUCAAAUAGAAGCAGACCUGAAGACCCGAUCAGCUGCGUACAACAACAUUAAAGGAAAUUUGCAAAGCCUGGAGAAGAAAACUAUGGGAAAUCUGCUGACCCGGACCCUGGCAGACAUUGUGCACAAAGAAGACUUUGUUCUGAAUUCCGAGUAUCUUAUCACGCUGCUCGUCGUGGUGCCAAAGUCAAGCUACGUACAGUGGCAGAAGACCUAUGAAUCACUCUCAGAUAUGGUAGUACCUCGCUCCACCAAAAUGAUUGCUGAGGAUGCAGAGGGAGGACUCUUCACUGUGACCCUGUUUAGAAAAGUGAUGGAUGACUUCAAGGCCAAAGCCAGGGAGAACAGGUUCAUGGUUCGAGAAUUUUAUUAUGAUGAGAAGGAACUGAAAUGUGAAAAGGAAGAGCUGAUGAAACUAGCUUCUGACAAGAAACAACAAUAUGGCCCCUUACUGCGCUGGCUGAAGGUGAACUUCAGUGAAGCAUUUGUGGCUUGGAUUCAUGUGAAAGCCUUGAGAGUUUUUGUUGAAUCUGUCCUGAGGUAUGGCCUCCCUGUGAAUUUCCAAGCCAUGCUCCUGCAGCCAAACAGGAAGUCUGUGAAGCGCCUGAGAGACGUCCUGAACGUGGUCUUCAAACACCUGGAUGAAGUUGCAGCAGCAAGUAUAAUGGAUAUUUGUGUACAGGCUAAAUUGGGACUGUUGAAGAGUGAGUAGGUUCUGCUGACCACCCUAUGGCUCUCUAGCCCAUGGAUUAUCAUAUGGAUGGGAAUCACAGCAUCUUGAAUUAUUCUGUACUGUUGGCAGUACACUGUCAAGUGGCAGUUGGUACUCAUUGCUCUUCCCCCUUCAGAAGUCCUACUGCAGAUGGGUUCUUUGACAGCCUAAGCAAGGUAUUUAAUUGCUCAAUGCCUUCUGUCUCUGUAGCUGCUAUCUUAAAUGCCCACUGAGUCUCUUUGGGUCUUUGAAAUACCCUUUUCAGAGGAAGUCUAUGCUUAAAAUAUAUGGAGCUUCUGGGCUAGUCUCAUUAGGAUAUUUCUUUCACUUAUUUUUAGUCAGGUGAACCUCAGCUUUCACUAGAGUAAAAUCUUGUGAUCCCUCUGUCAUGCUAGCAAUAGAAACAGAUUCUGCCCCCACAUGUCUUGAUGGAAUUAGUAUGUACUGCACACUAAUGUUGACUAAGGCUUUAUAUUUUUGUGGUUCUGAUUUGCCAGGCUAAUGAAUCUACACAGUCUAAAAAAUAUGGUUUUCCUUAGUCUCUAUCUGGCUAGAGGCAGGGCCCCUCUAAGUCUGGUUAUCUUUCUUUCCCUGAGCAUAUGUUUUGGAGGUUCUUUUAAGAGGACUGAACAUGUCAUCAUCAUUAUCAUACCUGGCAGUUUAGCUAUGGGCUACUGGAGCUGCUUUUUUUUUUUUUGUGGAACUUUUUCUCUGAGUCUUGCUGUCUUUUAAUUUAAGCACCUGUUGUGCCAGAGCAGCAGUAGAUGUUCUAUCAUAUCUCUUCAAGUUUUCUCUAUAAUUGUACAAGAAGAACCACAGGUCAGCUAGUGAGGUGUACCUUCCCUCCUUAUCUGGGGGAUGUCUGCUUUUGGUACCAGAACUUUUGAUCUGUACUGCUGAGAUUUGGAGAAAGCCCUCUUUAAUUUCUUCUUUGAGUUUCUUGUGAUUCUCCUUCAUCUUAUUUUUUAAUUCCUGCAGACGUGUUUCUACAGCUGUGAUUCUUGCAUGUGUUGGGCCAAGCACAGCAUCUGCAUGAGCUCAGAGCUUCUUUGCCAUAUUAAGCACGGUCUCCUCUCUGUCAUCUCCCUUCAGUAUUACUAAAGCAGAAGUGUAUUUUUGUGGCCCAAGUCGUACAAGUUUUUGCCAUAUCACGGAUGUAUAAGGUACUAAGUCUGGAUUUAGUGUUUAGGUCAUUUGAGAAGACAAUUUCUGCUACUGUUAUUUUUUUAAUUGUUGAAUCCCUUGUUUUACUGUCUUCCACUGGGUUUGCUGCAUACAGAGAUCAUCUGUACACACAAAGAUUUGUGUCACACUUCCUAGGACCUGUGCCCAGAGACUGUGAGGCUUAGUCCCCCUCAUAAUACUUUGAUCAUGUGAUAGGGAUCUUAAAUGCCUCCUUUUAGUACUGUCUAGAACUGUAGCCUCACCUGCAACAUCCCAAAGAUGGACUAACCAACUAAUGAUAGAUUCAUCAGGUUGUCAGGUGUAAUAUUUUCUUAGGCCAUGGAAGUCCUUCAGGGAAAAGGACUUAAUAGUGACUUCUGAUGUCACUAGUUAACUAGUUACUUAAUGGGUGUUAACUAACUAGAUGGUCUUUGUUAGAUGUUGCUCUCAAUUUUUGAAAGAUCCCCCACCCAGUGCUUUCAAGGUGGUUUUUAACAGUCUAUUGGUCUAGUCUGGCAUUUCCAGCACCAGAGGGACUAAUAAGAGACUGUGUGAGCUGAACUGCAA